AUGGCUGCACCCAGCACUCUUCCCAUUGCCAUUCAGAAGCUCACCCCACAGGUUGUGCUCCUCCAUCUUCGAGGCAAUAGGAGAUGGAUGUUUGGAAACUUCAUCACGCCACCCAAGGAUGACAAGAAGAAGAAAGAUGCCGGAAAGUCGGCCAAAAAAGACAAAGACCCAGUAAAUAAGUCUGGUGGCAAGGCCAAAAAGAAGAAGUUGUCCAAAGGCAAAGUUUGGGACAAGCUCAACAAUCUAGUCCUGUUUGACAAGGCUACAUACGACAAACUCUGGAAGGAAGUUCCCAACUAUAAACUUAUUACUCCAGCCGUGGUCUCUGAGAGACUGAAGAUUCGCGGUUCCUUGGCCAGGGCAGCCCUUCAGGAGCUCCUUAGUAAAGGGCUCAUCAGGCUGGUUUCAAAGCACAGAGCCCAAGUAAUUUACACCAGAAACACAAAGGGUGGAGAUGCCCCAGCUGCUGGUGAAGAUGCAUGAACAGGUUCAAUCAGCUGUACAUUUGGAAAAAUAAAACUUUAUUAAAUCAAA